GUGUGAACUAAGCGGAGGUGAAGAAGAGGAGGAUGAAGCUGGGAGCUGAGGAUGGGAGGAAGAGUGUAGUGAGAGAGACAGGCUGGCUAUCAAGGGCUGUGUGUGCAUGCCUGCAAGUGUGAGUGCGUGAGUGUGAGAGGGAUUCGGUGGGACUUCGUAAUCGGACUGAAACAAAGACGCAUUUUAGCCGACCUCGGAGACAUUGUAACGGAAACUUUAAACUUUUACCCGCCAGAUCCUCGCCACGGUGCCGGGUCCCGGCUUUGUUUCUCGGCGGGGGAGUACUGGAAUAAAUGCAGGGAUAAAAUAGCUUCAGAUCGACAUUUUUUCACGCAAGAGGGGAAUCCCUGGGACCGUGUUUGUAAGGGGGAACGAGAGAAUGGCGGCCAACAUGUAUCGAGUUGGAGAUUAUGUGUACUUUGAGAACUCUUCUAGCAACCCCUACCUGAUCCGCAGGAUAGAGGAGUUGAACAAGACGGCCAAUGGGAACGUAGAAGCCAAGGUGGUGUGUCUGUUCCGGAGGAGGGACAUCUCGGGCAAUCUGAACACCCUGGCUGACAGCAACGCCCGAGACUUUGAGGAAGAGUCGAAGCAGCCCUCAAUGACAGAACAGCAUAAACACCAGCUCAAGCACAGAGAACUCUUCCUCUCUCGACAAUUUGAAUCCCUACCUGCCACGCAUAUAAGGGGAAAAUGCAAUGUCACACUGUUGAACGAGACGGACGUAUUAACAGGCUACCUUGAUAGAGAGGACUGCUUCUUCUACUCUCUGGUGUUUGACCCGGUGCAGAAGACACUUCUGGCUGACCAGGGGGAGAUCCGUGUGGGCUCCAAGUACCAGGCUGAGAUCCCUGACAAACUAGCCGAGGGUGAGUCAGACAGCCGUGUGCAGGAGAAGCUGGAGACUAAAGUGUGGGACCCCAACAGUCUGCUGAAGGAUUCCCAGAUUGACCAGUUCCUGGUGGUGGCUCGGGCUGUGGGGACGUUUGCUCGAGCUCUGGACUGCAGUAGCUCCAUCCGCCAGCCGAGUCUACACAUGAGUGCAGCAGCCGCAUCCAGAGACAUCACACUGUUCCAUGCCAUGGACACCCUGCAGAAGAACGGCUACGACCUGGCCAAGGCCAUGUCCACCCUGGUGCCACAGGGGGGUCCGGUGCUGUGCCGGGACGAGAUGGAGGAGUGGAGCGCCUCGGAGGCCAUGCUGUUCGAGGAGGCGCUGGAGAAGUAUGGCAAGGACUUCAACGACAUCCGCCAGGACUUUUUGCCAUGGAAGUCUUUGGCCAGUGUGGUCCAGUUCUACUACAUGUGGAAGACCACUGACCGUUACAUUCAACAGAAACGACUAAAGGCAGCUGAGGCUGACAGCAAGCUCAAGCAAGUUUACAUCCCCACCUACACCAAACCCAACCCAAACCAGAUUAUGGCCCCUGGCAACAAGCCUGGCAUGAAUGGAGCAGCCGGCUUCCAGAAAGGGCUGAGCUGUGAAAGCUGUCACACUGCCCAGUCUCCUCAGUGGUACGCCUGGGGUCCUGCCAACCUGCAGUGCCGCCUGUGUGCCUCCUGCUGGAUCUACUGGAAGAAGUACGGCGGUCUGAAGACCCCCACACAGCUAGAGGGCGCCACAAGAACUGGCACAGACGCGCCACCGCGCACCCACAUGACCCGGCAGGAAGUGCAGGGCAUGUCCCCGUUCACCAGCACGGCGGGCCGCGCCAAGCUCCUGGCCAAGAACCGGCAGACCUUCAUCCUGCAGACCACCAAGCUGACGCGCAUCGCCCGGCGUGUGUGCCAGGACAUCCUGCAGCCGCGGCGCGCCGCCCGCCGCCCCUACGCCUCCAUCAACGCCAACGCCGUCAAGGCCGAGUGUAUGAUCAGGCUGCCCAAGGCCCCCAAGACUCCUGCGAAGAACCGGCCAAUCCCGCGACCGUCCCUCGCCAACAUCGUCAAGGAGCUAGCGGUCCAGGCUCCUCUGAAGCUCAAGGCCCCGCGCAGCGCGCCCACCCCCAUCAACCGUAACCAGGGCAACCAGUCUCGCAGUGCCACCGCCCUGCUGGGCAAGAGGCCCUUCGAUAGUGUGGGCGGUCAUCCCUUCUCGGCCAAUGGGAGGCCGUUCCCAUCGGGCAUGAGGACCACCUCUCAGUCCGUCAUCAAGCGUCAGAAGGUCAGCCAGGGUGAUGCUCCCAACCCUGUGGUGUUCGUGGCCACAAAAGACACCAGGGCCCUGAGGAAGCACCUGACGCAGGCUGAGAUGCGGCGUGCCGCCCGUAAGCCCCACACGCCGGUGCGGGUCAAGCUGCCGCUGCCGUCGCGCCCGCUCCCCCUGCCCCUGCCCGUCCCCCUGCUGCCCUCCAGCACCAGCGAGCCCAUCGUCCUGGAGGACUGAAGCACUCCUCCCCAGUCUCUCACUCUCACUCUCCUCAUCUCUCUCUUUUUCAUUGCUCUCUUUCACACUUCAUGUCUCUUUCGGUUGGGUCAUUACCUUUCCGUUUCUCCCCCGUUCCCCUGUUUUUUUUCCGUUUGCAUCUGUUACCUUUCCGAAAACUAAUUAAUGUCCUCAUGAAACAAACACACACACACACAAACACACACACACACACACACACACACACACUCCCACAUCCGUUUGUCCCAUACCCCAUGAAGUUAUAAGUUACAGCCACUGGUAGUGUACAUGUAUCACAUAAAUUAUAUACACACAGACACACAAUUUAUAGAUAUCCCCACGUACAUUAGACUUUGGGAGAUAGUAGAGUUUUAAUCCAACUUUAUUGUUUAAUUACAUCUUCAAUUCCCCAAACAUCCCUUUUUUUAAAUGGCAAAUAUUUUUAAUUGUGUAAUUUAAAUCAAGUAAUGCUCAUCCUGAAGUAUGGUGAUCAAGCACACUUUGUGUUUUUUUUCCACUGGAUCUACCUGAAUUUUGUAAAUAUUACGGCAUUUUGUUUUCCUUUCUUUUCUCAAGCAGUGGGCUCAGGGAUGGCUUAGGUGUGGGAGAGGAUCCAAAUCAGUCUAGGGGAGGGGGGGACUUACCGCAUGUAACUUUUUUUUUUUAUUAUUAUUUUUUUUUGUCUUCUCUUUUCUGGGGGGUGGGGGUGUCAGGAGAGAUUUUGAUCAAGAGUUCCCCUCCUCUCCCCAACGUCGUCCACUGUCUCAGCUGUCCGUCUGUCUGUCCACCCACUGCCAUGCAGUCACAUUACACAGAAACGACCACUCCCCUCCCCUUGUGAAGUCCCAUUCCCUGAGACUCUGUUGUCCACGCGCAUACACAAAUGACUCCCUCCCUCCACUUAACAAUUAUGGAAAGGACGGUAACUUGUUUCCUUCCCCCUAUGCAGUACUGAAUAAAUAAAAUGGACAGCCUGGGUCA